GAAUACGGGAGUGCUAGGGGCAAAGGGAGCUGCGGAGGGGCAGCGGGAGGGGAAGGGAGCAGCUGACACCCCCUCAAGAGGAGGACGGGCUCGCUCGGAGGUCCCGCCUGGUUCUCUGCGCGUCCGCUCCUGUGUUCCUCUCCCCAAAACUUCGCUACGACAGACUCAAGUUUACUGUCAGCUGUGGGGUUCAGAGGGGCACAGUCCAGGGAUCGCGCAUCGGUCGUCAGCGUUGGCACGCGAGGGGUUGGUAGCAGCAAGCGCCACCAUGCUCAAAGCCGUGAUCCUGAUUGGAGGCCCGCAGAAGGGGACUCGUUUCCGGCCUUUGUCCUUUGAGGUGCCCAAGCCGCUUUUUCCUGUGGCUGGGGUCCCUAUGAUUCAGCACCACAUUGAGGCCUGUGCCCAGGUACCUGGGAUGCAAGAGAUCCUGCUCAUUGGCUUCUACCAGCCUGAUGAGGCCCUGACCCAGUUCCUCGAAGCCGCCCAGCAAGAGUUUCACCUUCCAGUCAGGUACCUGCAGGAGUUUGCUCCCCUGGGCACCGGGGGUGGUCUCUACCAUUUCCGGGACCAGAUCCUGGCUGGAGGCCCUGAGGCGUUCUUCGUGCUCAAUGCUGAUGUCUGCUCCGACUUCCCCCUGAAUGCUAUGUUGGAAGCCCACAGACGCCAGCGCCCUCCUUUCCUGCUCCUUGGCACCACGGCUAACAGGACACAGUCCCUCAACUAUGGCUGCAUCGUUGAGAACCCACAGACACAUGAGGUACUGCACUAUGUGGAGAAACCCAGCACAUUUAUUAGUGACAUCAUCAACUGCGGCAUCUAUCUCUUCUCCCCGGAAGCCCUGAAGCCACUUGGGGAUGUGUUCCAGCGUAAUCAGCAGGAUGGGCAACUCUGCCUUGCUUUGGGGGAGGAUUCCCCAGGCUCGUGGCCGGGGGCAGGCACCAUCCGCCUGGAGCAGGACGUAUUCUCAGCCCUGGCCGGGCAGGGCCAGAUCUACGUGCACCUCACAGAGGGCAUCUGGAGCCAGAUCAAGUCUGCAGGCUCAGCCCUGUAUGCCUCACGCCUCUAUCUGGGCCGCUACCAAAUCACGCACCCAGAAAGGCUAGCCAAGCACAGCCCAGGGGGACCACGAAUCCGAGGAAAUGUUUACAUCCACCCCACAGCUAAGGUGGCCCCAUCAGCUGUGCUGGGCCCCAAUGUUUCCAUCGGGAAGGGGGUGACCGUGGGCGAGGGCGUGCGGCUCCGGGAGAGCAUCGUCUUGCAUGGAGCCACGUUGCAGGAGCACACGUGUGUGCUGCACAGCAUCGUCGGCUGGGGGAGCACCGUGGGGCGUUGGGCCCGUGUGGAGGGAACCCCCAAUGACCCCAACCCCAAUGACCCCCGAGCCCGCAUGGACAGUGAGAGCCUCUUCAAGGAUGGCAAGCUGCUGCCCGCCAUCACCAUACUGGGCUGCCGCGUCCGGAUCCCUGCCGAGGUGCUCAUCCUGAACUCCAUCGUCCUGCCACACAAGGAGCUGAGCCGCAGCUUCACCAACCAGAUCAUCCUCUGAGUGUGGGGCGGGAGGUGGGGGCAGGCUGCCAGGAGGACCCCUGCUUUGAGGAUGCUGCCUGCUUGGCCUGUGUCCUUCUAGAAGGCUGAUGUGAGGGAGCUAGGCAGCAUCUUCCCAGAAGGGGAGCUGUAUGGUUGGCCAGGGCUCCUGGCCUCUGUCCUCACUCCCUAAUAAACCCCUGUGAACCUGGA